GAUGUGCCGUCAUAUGACGUAUGACGCAUUGUUAAAAAGGCAGCGAGUGAAUCAAUUGGAAAAAACAUUUUUCUAGCGAUCAAGGCGUAACCGCGUAUUCUAAGCUUUAAAACGUUGUACAGACAGCUAAAAUCGUAUUUAAAUCGUUAAUAGUAGCAAAAGUAGUAAGAAAACAGUUAAAAAUGGCCGCUUCUCCAAUCUACAGCCCGACCAUCCCAUGCGUGCACGCCAUCCCUGGGGGCAUGUACCCCGGCCGCAUGAUCAGAUUCCAGGGGAGCGUCCCACCGGGUGCUCAGAGAUUCGCCAUCAACCUCCAAUGCGGCCCAAACACAGACCCCCGCGACGACAUCGCCUUACAUCUUAACUUCCGCUUCGUUGAGAUGUGCAUCGUAAGGAACCACCUCUCCGUCAUGAGCUGGGGUGUUGAGGAGACCAGCGGGGGCAUGCCGUUGUCGCGAGGCGAGCAAUUUGAAGCCCUAGUGCUCUGCGAGCCACAGUCCUUGAAGGUGGCAGUGAACGGCCAACACUUUUGCGAGUUCCCGCACCGUCUGCCGUAUCAGCGCAUCUCGCACUUCACCAUAGACGGCGACGUCAUGGUUCAGUUCGUGGGUUUCGAGGGCGCCCAGCCACCGCCACCAAGCCAGAUGUACAUGUCCGAAGCUCCCCACUACGCUCCGCAAGCGUAUGGAGCCCCGCCGACCUACGGAGCGCCCGGCUAUGGAGCACCGCAAGGUUUUAGCACAGGAACACCUGCUUACGGCGCUCAGUACCAGCCUGAGCAGCGUCGCGGGCUGGGCACGGGCGCGGCUGUGGGGCUGGGCGUGGGCGCGCUGGCAGCGGGCGGGCUGGCGGGGUAUGCGAUGGCUGGCGGCUUCAGCAGCGACAGCCCUACUGAUGAGGUACAUAUCGCCGAUAGCAGCACGGAUUUCGGCGGCGACGACUGGAUGGACUGAGCUAGAGCAUGCCUUAUAUAAAUUUAUAUAAAUUAAUGUUUAUACAAAAAUAUAUUGCAAAUAUUAAUUAAUUUUAAUUUUUAAGAACACUUUGACAAACACUGUGUGUGAUAGUUGUACC